UUCUCUCUCUCUUUUCCUCUCUCUCAACCUCGCCUCCCUCCCUCCAAAAAAAAAUUCCCCCCCAAAAAAAACUGAACCAGAAAAUUCAUUUCUCCGAUUAGCCGCCGACGAGAGAGGGAAAACGGGGUUUUGAAAUGGGGAAAUUACUAUGCGAUUCGUCGGCCGUCGCGGAAACAACUUUCGAGACUUCUUCCCCUGCCUGGAGGGAUCCAACCAAUAACGCCGCCGUUGUCGCAGCCGCGGCAGUAGAUCUGGCCGUCGACCAGACAAUCGCCGUCGCAGCCGAGGCGACGACAGUCACAGGGGGAUGGGACGACGUGGUUGGGCUCGAGGACCAGCAGAGGCGCCAUCUGAAGAAGCUCUAUGCCAAGGGGGUCCUCUGGAAGCUCCCCGUCGGCGACGGCGACGGCAACGGCGACGGAGGAAACGCCGCGUUGUCGGAUGAUUCGUCUAGAUCGGUGGUGUUCAGGCUCUCCCACGGCGGGGAGGUUUCUUCAGACGGGAACUGCCUGUUCACCGCUUCGCAGAGGGCGAUGUCGAUGGCGCGUGAGAUCGACGCGAGGGGGCUCCGGCUGCGUACGGUCCGCAGGUUCCUCGAGGACUUCGGAUCCGCCGCCGAGGAUGAGAAAUCGGCUAUCAACGACGCGAUUCGGCAUAUGUACUCGCCGGAUCUGAAUAACGGGUGGGGGAUCCAUAUCGUUCAGGAGGUCAAACUCUUGGCCAAGAAAGACGACCGCUCGAAUCUUGAUUCCGGCAUCGACGAAUUAGUCCAGCUGGGUAUGCAAAGGCCGUUGGCGGAGGAGUCGAUAUACAAAGAGAGGUGUAUUCCAGUGAACGAUGGGGCGAGUUGGGCGAAGUACAUGGCGAUCUCUGGUUCACCAGAAGAUGAACACGACAUAAUCACCUUGCAAUACACCGAAGAAGGUUUGUUAUCAGUAGAGGAGAACAGAGAAGGCCAUGCCGCAGCAUUUGGGGAUGACAUUGCCAUAGAGUGUAUCGCCACCGAGUUCAAGCGCGAGAUCUUCGUGGUUCAAGCACAUGGAUCAGAUGCCAUGGUCGAUGAGGACCAUUGUGUGUUCUUCCUCCCUCAUCGUCCGAGAAGCGAAAUUUGUAAUCCUCCCUUCUUUUUGUUCAUGAAAGGAACAGGAUGGUCAGUGGCUGGAGCUGAUCACUAUGAACCUCUAAUCGCACAUCCUUCGCCUGUCGUCGUCUCACCAGAGAAAGUUGGCCUAGUGCUUUGAGAAGGCGUUUUUAGUCCUCUGCAGUUUUGUGGCUUAGAUUGGAGUAGCAGAAGUAGAAUUCUCCAUUCUUUGCUCCCCCCCUCGACGGGGAGCAAUCAAUCAUGACCAAAUUUUUUUUUUUUUUUUUUACCCAUUUGGCUAUAAGGGCGUCUAGAACUUGUUGGUCUUUGUUUGACUCUAAGGCCUGAGCUAUCUGCUGUUGCUGGGUUUAGCUUAGCAGCAGCCAUUGUAGUAGUAGAAGAGAGAUUUUUUGGUAGUGAUUUCUUUUCUCCCCGGCAUUGGUGAUUGUUGUUGUUGUUGAGUUUUGUGAGAAGAGUUGAGUUUGCUUCUUCUUGUUGGUGUGUAGGGUAUGCUGUUCUGUGCAAGCUUGGAAUAGUAAGCCCAGUUUGUUGUAUCCUUUUGAGCUGGAAUUUUCAUCUAUUCAAUGAUAGAG